AUGUCUUUUCCCCAGCUGGGUUACCCGCAGUAUUUAAGUGCCUCCCAAGCGGUGUACGGAGGGGACCGGCCGGCAGUGUUGACUCCUUCUUCCCGGGGAGGAAACAGUGAGAUUGGGGGAAAUCCGUCCGCUGCGGCUGCAGCUGUGACAUCGGUAUUGGGCAUGUAUGCGAACCCGUACGCUGCGCACAACUACAGCGCUUUUUUGCCGUACACAAGCGCUGACUUGGCUCUGUUUUCCCAAAUGGGUUCUCAGUACGACUUGAAAGACAGCCCGGGAGUUCACCCCGCUAGCUUUGCUGCUCACACGCCCCCCGCAUUUUACCCAUACGGGCAGUUUCAGUAUGGAGACCCUGCCAGACCUAAAAAUGCCACAAGGGAGAGUACCAGUACACUGAAAGCUUGGCUCAACGAGCACAGGAAAAACCCUUAUCCCACCAAAGGGGAGAAGAUCAUGCUGGCCAUAAUCACCAAGAUGACCCUCACACAGGUCUCCACAUGGUUCGCCAAUGCCAGGCGGAGACUCAAGAAGGAGAACAAGGUUACAUGGGGUGCGAGGAGUAAAGAGGACGAAGACGGCAACAUUUUUGGCAGCGAUAACGAAGGAGAUGCGGAGAAGAACGAAGAUGAAGAGGAAAUUGAUUUGGAAAGUAUAGAUAUUGACAAGAUUGACGACAACGACGGUGAUCAAAGUAAUGAGGAGGACGAGGAGAAAGCUGAGGCCCGGGAGAGGGGAGAUCUGGACAGCCUAGAGAAGCGGCGGGCCUUGGCGCUCCAGGCGCAAGAGGCCUUUGACAAAGCAAAGGGCGCCAUUUCAGUCGGCAAGGAGCCGUCUGAUGGAAACAACAAUACAAGAGUACUGUCCCCAGGUGGGCAAGGAAGUUUUCAACUACCAGUCAGCAAUAAGCCCAAAAUAUGGUCCUUAGCAGAGACUGCCACAAGCCCCGAUAGUUCACAGAAACCCACGUCGCCUUCUGGCCCCGCCAGUCACGCUUCCCCCCAGAUUCAACACCCGGCCUUUCUUCCUAGCCAUGGACUGUACACAUGCCAGAUUGGAAAGUUCCACAACUGGACAAAUGGUGCUUUCCUGGGCCAGAGCUCCCUGCUGAACGUGAGGUCGUUUCUGGGAGUAAAUCAACAUCACCAUAAUCACCAUCUACACGGUCAGCAGCAGCCGACCUCCGUGGUCGUGUCAUCAGUGACUGCUCUGAACAACGAGAAAGCCCCAGAGGGCCUAAGUCCAAAACACAUAGACCGCGAACACGUUUUAAGAACAGAUUCUCCUACACAACCUUUGAAGUCAUCAUUCCGUCCACUUCACGAUAGUUCCAGGAAUCAGCAGGAAGCGACACAGCGAGUCCUAACCGCGCUAUCCUCAGCUUGA